AUAUAACCUCGUCUUCUCCAACUUGUUCUUCCCCAUAAAUCUGAUAUAUUACUAUCAAUACAUAAUAAUAAAUACACAAAAGAAAGAAGAAAAAAAAAGAAAGGGAAGAGAGAGAGAGAGAGAUGGGAAAUAGCUUAAGGUGUUGUCUGGCUUGUGUUCUUCCAUGUGGAGCACUAGAUUUGAUCAGGAUCGUUCAUCUAAACGGCUACGUUGAGGAGAUCACACGGUCAAUAACAGCCGGAGAGAUCCUCCAAGCAAACCCAAACCAUGUCCUAAGCAAACCAUGUUCUCAAGGAGUUGUCCGCAAAAUCUUGAUCUUGUCCCCCGAAUCUGAGCUCAAGCGAGGUAGCAUCUAUUUUCUUAUCCCUGAUUCUUCCUUGCCGGAGAAGAAAAGGCGGAGAAAGGACGCUCCUCGGCGUAAAAAGACUCUCGACAACCCUAACGUCGACGCCCCCACCGGAGACGUUGUUAAAGGUGAUGAUUCUGAAUGCGUGAAGUUGUGUGAGAAGUACUUAGAAGAAGUUGUGUCGUCGGCCUCGGAUGGUAAAGAACACCGUCAUCGCCGGCGACACAGCAGAUCGGCGUCAGUAUCCACGUGGCGGCCUCAUCUCGACAGUAUCACUGAGGAUCUUAAUUAAUUCCUCUUCGGCUCUUCCCCUUUACCUCUCUAGCUAAUGGUGUUUUUUUGUCCGGAAGCCGGAUUCUUCUUAUAUGUUUCGAGAGAUUAUUUUCUUUUUAGUUUCUUUUUUUUUUUUUUUUUUUGAGGAAUAUUUCACGAAAAAAAUUAUAUAAUGUGGAUAGGAUCUGUGUUUGAAAUUAUGUUAUUGUAAUUUCGAGUCAUCUGAGAAUGAUUUCCGAUAAUCAGUCAUUAAUCUCAAGCAAAUUGCACAUAAUUUCAACUAUGGCCAAAGUUUGAUGUGGUAAA